AUGCCAGCUGAAAACGAAAAGACAGUCAACAUGCCCACGACGACCACCGUGGAGGAAAAGCCGGUCGAGCAGCCAAACAUUGCCGAGCGCAUUGGAAACGCCUUUGUCCACGCCAAGGAUGUGAUGGCUGAGAAGAUGGGCUUGUCUCACAAGGAGACCCACAAGGACGAGACUCAGCCCAAGGCGUGA